AAUGGAAUUGGAGGAAAAUCAAGAAAUAGUUUUAUGGGGAUGGGGAUGGGAGGAAAUAGGUUUAACGCUAUUAAUUCAUAUGGUACUCGCAAAUAGAACAAACCCUUUAAUGAAAAAAAAAAUGGCAGGAAGUAGUUUUUGUAGCAAUAGUUGUAGAAUUAAUGAAAAUAAAAUUGUUAAAGGACAUGUUUUUACUAAUAUUAUUUACUAGUCUGAUGAUAGAAACUAUAUUAAAAUCACUUAGAGGAAAAAGCACGUGGCAAGGAAUAGUUUUAGCAAUAAUAGUUGGUCUACUUAUGGAAAGUAAUUUAUUGAUAAAUAGGUUUGCACCAAUUGUAAUUUGUCAUUUUUUAAUUAAAAUUCAACAAAGAUUAUCACUGAAAUUAAAUGGAGAAAUAAUUGCUUUAACAAUACUGAAUGGUCUGUUAAUAAAAAGUAACUUGUGGAUAGAAAUGGGACUAAUAAUAAUGAUAUACCUUUUAAUAAAAAUAUAUUUAAGAAUAUGAAGAAUGAUAAAAACAGAUCAUAAUUUAAAUAUUGAUGAAAGAAAAGCAAAAUAUAGAGAUCAUGAAGUGAUAUGUGAAAAAAAUUGGAGACAUAAAAUUAGUAAAUAUUAUUGUGAAGAUUGUUUUAAAGAAGAAACUGACGAUAGAGAAAAAAAUCGUUUACAAUUCGGGAUAUGUAAAGAGUGU